AUGCCCGGGUCUGAAGAAGAAGCGUUUGCUUUUACUCGACGUCGAAGCCUAGAUGCUCCAUACUCAGCGCUGAGUCAAGACCUAGUGAUCUUCUCCACAGAUUUUGCUCUGCUUCCUUGGCUGCUCGUUGCGCCCCUGCCGCGUCUUCUUUGCUCUUCCUCGCCGCUGGAUGCACCUGUUGCAUUUAGCCUCACGUCACUUGUCCGUUCCUUCGCCCUCUGCCUCACGUCACCUUCCCGUUACCUUUCCGAGGCCUCUCAACCUCUCAACCUCUCACCUUCACGUCGGCUUCACGUCGAGUUCGAGGUCAUGGCCAAGGGUUCACGUGGCCACAAGCACAAGGGCAAGGGCAAGGCCCAGGGCAUGGCGGCUUCCAACAGCGCCAUGCCCACCCCACCCCAGGGAGAUCCGGUCCCUCCCAGUUCUGAGACCGAAAGUCCCGGCGAGAUGCCGGUCCCACUGGCCGUCGUGCAACUCAUCAUCCAUCUGGUGAUGAUGAUGUUCACCAUGGCGGCCUUUGCCCAGAUGAUGGCCGUUCUUGUUCCGUGCCAGUACCCUGGUCUGGCUUGUAGCACCGCCUGCUACCACUUCGGCUGCGGUUGCUCUCUGCUCGGUCCUGCCUUGGUUCUGUUUGUCCUGUUCGCUUGGAGUCUACGCCACGGACCCCGGGGCCUCUCCUUCUUCUCCCAGUUUGCUGUUUGGAGCUUUCUGUGGGGUUUGCGGGAUGUCCUGUUCAGCAAUGCCUGGGCAAUGCGGUCUCGCGAAGCACAGGUCAGACCCCUCGGCCAGGCCUCUCUCGGUGCUGGUGAUGGAUCGUCCAGCCCAGGUGAAUACGUCUGGCUGGAUGGCGUAUCUCAGAGUAUUCUUGGAGUCAAUGACCUGGAGCGGGGUCUAUCGAGCUCUCAGAUCACUGUUGAUGUAUACGUCCAUUCUGUGGGCAGCAACAGUGAUAGUCAGGUGCACGUGUGGUCAUUUGUCCGAGCCCGGGCCAGGAUCAACAUAUUCGGCCGAAGCUGGACCAUCGUCACCUCUGCCACCCUCUUCAGUGUUUCCCUGGAGGACCAUCCGGUUGUGGAUUGGAAACGCCUGCGUAUGUACUCCCUCACAAUUCAUGCUUGUUUUGAUUCUUCACACUUGCUACAAUCAAUGGCUGCGGGCAUCAUCACCUCCUUCCACAUCGGAAGACUCAUUCGCCUCUUCUUUCCCCGCCGCAUCCAACGACUCUUCAACCAGGAAUCAUUCCUUCGAAGUGUCUGGCUCCUCGUCUGUGCAGUGGCUGGUCCAAUCUGGUGGAUCCUGAACGAGAGCGUUCCAGGGCUGAGGGACCUGCUUGAGAUUCUGACUCCCAUCAUCACCAACUGGCUCAACCGAGGAUGGCCCCGAAGGUUCUGGCUCGCCAUCAUUCGACAACGCGACGCUUUACCGCACCAUGACUUUAUCAUUCUGCAGAUUACGAUGUUCAUGUGUCUUGCUGUUGGAAUCAUUAGAACAUUGGGCUAUUCAUACUGGGCCUUGCCAUCUUGA